AUGUUCCUUAAGGAGUAUCCUGAGUCUCUAAUAGGGUACUUAAAGGAGGGAAAGGUCGAGGAAGCCGUGCAUGCAUUUGAAGAACUGGUGCGAAAAUAUCCUCAGAGUCCACGGGCAAGAUAUGGCAAAGCACAGUGUGAAGAUGAUUUGGCUGAGAAGAGGCGAAGCAAUGAGAUCUUGCGUGGGGCCAUAGAGACCUACCAAGAGGUGGCUGGGUUGCCUGAUGCCCCUGCGGACCUGGUGAAGCUGAGUCUGAAACGGCGCUCAGAUAGACAGCAAUUUCUUGUUACCAAAUCAGGUCACACAAAAGGGUCUCUACUUACCCUGCAGAGAUUAGUUCAACUCUUUCCGGAUGAGACUUCUUUAAAGAAUGACCUUGGAGUGGGGUAUCUCUUGCUAGGAGAAAAUGACAAUGCCAAGAAGGUCUAUGAAGAGGUUCUGAAAGUGAAGCCUGAUGAUGGCUUUGCUAAAGUGCAUUAUGGCUUUAUCCUGAAGGCGCAGAACAAGAUAGCUGAGAGCAUUCCCUAUUUGAAGGAAGGAAUAGAAUCUGGAGAUCCUGGUACAGAUGAUGGGCGAUUUUAUUUUCACCUGGGAGAUGCCAUGCAGAGGGUUGGGAAUAAAGAGGCAUAUAAGUGGUAUGAGCUGGGACAUAAAAGGGGACAUUUUGCAUCUGUCUGGCAGCGCUCACUCUACAAUGUGCAAGGAUUGAAAGCUCAGCCUUGGUGGACCCCAAAAGAAACAGGCUACACAGAAUUAGUUAAAUCCUUAGAAAGAAAUUGGAAGUUAAUCCGUGAUGAAGGCCUUGCAGUGAUGGAUCAAGCCAAGGGUCUCUUCCUGCCAGAAGAUGAAAACCUGAGAGAGAAGGGUGACUGGAGCCAGUUUACUUUGUGGCAGCAAGGAAGAAAAAAUGAAAAUUCCUGUAAAGGAGCCCCUAAAACGUGUUCUUUACUAGAUAAAUUCUCUGAGACAACAGGAUGCAGAAGAGGACAGAUCAAGUAUUCUGUCAUGCAUCCAGGAACUCACGUGUGGCCACACACGGGGCCCACUAACUGCAGGCUCCGAAUGCACCUCGGCUUGGUGAUUCCCAAGGAAGGCUGCAAGAUCCGAUGUGCCAACGAAACCAAGAUAUGGGAAGAAGGCAAGGUGCUCAUCUUUGACGACUCCUUUGAACAUGAGGUGUGGCAGGAUGCCACAUCUUUCCGGCUGAUCUUCAUUGUGGAUGUGUGGCACCCAGAACUGACAGCCCAGCAAAGACGAAGCCUUCCUGCAAUUUAACAUGUUGUGUGGGUUCAAGAUACCAUGGAGAGAAGCUGCUUUUCUGUUCUUAUAGCGGGAUAGAAGAUCGAACACCAGGCCCUUAAAUCCCUCAACUUGCAAACAUGAUAACUUCUAAACUUCCUUCGAGGGCUAAAAAACACUAAGGAAUAAUUUGCUCAUUACAAUUCAUUUAGAAAAUUCCCAGGUGUAUUUUAUGCCAUGUGAGCACCAAUCUGAUAACUGCAUUUCAAGUGAACAUGUAGGUUCUUCCUUGCCAGCCAAAGAUAUCAUCCUUGUAGAAUAGGACUAACUCAAUGUAUAUUAAGAAUAUCUGUAGAAACUGUGAAUAGAUUAUUUAGUUUUUGAUCUUUCUAUGCAGUUCUAUUUUUCUAGGGUAGUUCAACAAUUUUAUUGUUAGGUACCACUAUUUUUUGUGGAUUUUAGAGGCAAGCUGUUUAAAUGCUUUAACUUCUGGCUGUUUAGAGGUAACUUUCCUGGUGAACCGAGACUCCCUUUCAAUUCUUGUUAGUAAGGUGCAUUCAUGAUAAAGCAGUGUUUUCCCUUGUACAAAGGACAAAGAUGAAAUUAUACGAAUGCCUGAGAACUGUACCAAUCUAUUUGUUUUAUUAUUAUAAUUUGAACAUCAGUGUCUUUUUCUCUCUUUGACUAUGUGAGUAGUACAGGAUUGUAAAAAUUGUUUUUCUUUCUAGAGGAAAUUUUUUUUACAUUACACAUGGAAUCAUUGUUUAUUAUGAUAAGAAGGUUAUAUGUAAAGUUUUUUAAAGCCAUGUAAUAGAGCUUGGAGAAAAAUGUGGAAUUUCUUAACGUGACAGUAAUCUCUUGGGAUCAGAUGACUUCUAGAACAUUUCUGUUCAACAUCUGUGAAUGAGAUGAAACUACAAUGCACAGUUUCUUUGCCUAUGGCAGAUCUUUGUGAACAGGGAGUUUCUUGGGCAAAUGCCACUCACAAUAAAACUGUGACGGAUGGUAGAAUAGAAGACCAAGAAUCCAGAAUCUUUGUCUUGGAAUUUAUGUAGCUGUAGGAGAUCUAAGAUUUCUAGUUUGAUUUCCAUUGGGAAAGAUUUCAGAAGACUCAUAUUUUUCUGGCUUGAGAGAGAAGCUUCUGCCAUUUAAAUAUCAUUUUAUAAUAGCAAUUAUUAUUAUGGUUUAGCCUGACUAUACUCAGAGCAUAGAAAUUACAGUUUAAAAAUGGACAUGCUUACUCAUGCCAAAGAUUAAUUUAACAGAGUGUUAAUGCAUUUAGUGUUUAAAUCAAGGCUAGCUAGAUAUGUUAACUGUGAGAAUGUAAUAAUAUUCAUGCACUGAACUUUAAGCCAAAUGAACAAAAAUGCUGAAGAAAUUAUGCAUUUCUUAUUAGUUAUCAA